CAAAUCGACGUGCCAACCUAAAGUUGGUUCCGAACUUCACAAAUCGGCAAUAAUGAGGAUUUUAUUGCAAAUCAGCGUCUUGUAGGCCCUUGUGAUCACUUCACCGCCACUCCCCCGUAGUUACAAACCCGUAAAACCGUGCGGUUGCGUUAAUAGUGAGUGCAAGUUUCGUCAGUUUUGAGGUUAGUCAAAAGGCGGCAUUUUCAAAAAAAUGUCAAAGUCCCAGAAGCUGGACGACAAGCAGCUUCUGUCGAAGCUGGCGAAGGAUUUCCACGAACUGGUCUCGAACAAGGAGAUUUUGCGCACGUCUGUGGAGAGUUUCCUCAAUAACGUGAUCGACGAGCUCACGUUGGGCAUAAUCUUCGACUUGCACCGCAAGUACAAGACCAACGCGUACGAGGUGGACAUGGAGGAGGAGGAGGGCGACGAGGAGGACGCCGAGGCCGAUGUGUUCACCCAGCAGGACGUGAAGAAGACGCAGGACUGCGUGUGCCCCAAUUGCGACCGCGCGGUGGCCGCCACGCGCUUCGCCCCCCAUUUGGAGACGUGCAUGGGCAUGGGGCGCAACAGGUUCAGGAACGCGACGAGGCGAGUGGCGAGCAGCACGAAGGAGCGGGAGAACUCGUCGUUCAGUGGAGUGCCGAGUGAUGACGAGGACGACAUGGACUGGAACUCGGGGAAUAAGCGGGGGAAGAAGAAGAAGCGAAACGGGAGCAAGAAGUCGAAAAGCGGAGGGACGCCGAAGAAGUCGUGCGAGGCCAGGCCGAGCGAUUCGGUCGAGGUUGAAGCGGAAGAUGACGAUUUGUCCAGUUUGAGAGAUUUGCUCCAGGAUCAUUCCAAUAGUUCCUCACCGGCUGAUUCCGUGUCCAGUAGUCAUUCGAAUUCGUCGAAGAAGAAAGACAAGGCGAAAAGUAAAAAAAGUAAAAGGGACAGGGCUUCGCCCAGCUCCAGCAUAUCAGCCGAUUAAUUCAUUUGUUCGUUAUGUAACGUGACUAUUUAUUAUAAUAUCCAAGUUAUAAUACCUCAGUAAAUGUAUAUAAAUGGACUAGGAUUUUAUGUCGAAACGAUUAAUUUUCAUUGAAAGUCCUUUUCAGGAAAAUAUUUUCAUAGACCUCUGUUCCGUACUUUUUAUUUUUAAUUUUUUACCAUUAAUAAACAUUUUGUUUUAUACCUAA